CACGAACUGUGGAAGUCAAAGAAAUUUCAUGCUUAUGAACUUUCCCUAUCCUGUGAGGUUCAUCUCAUGUGAGAUAACGAUUAUUUCCGGGUUACCAAGACAGUAAUCAUGAACAGAAACUGACUGAACUCAUGAACAAGAAAGCACAACUAUUCUUGAAUUUCUUCUGGACUUUAUCAUAGCUCUGUCCAAAGUGUCUACCCCUUCAAUCUACGUUUUCCAACUUCCGUGUUGAGAUUUUGUUAGCGGGCUCUAAGCUCCUCAGACAUCCUGAUGCAAGGGCGCUCACUUGAUCUUACUUUCAGGUUGACUUUUGAUACUCUAUUAUUAUUAUCUAAAUAUAGCUAAAUAGUAAUAAAAGACCAGAAGAGCCCUUUUGCGAGAUCUUAGGCACUCCUGUGUGUUAAGCUGACAUGUGGACUUGGGACCUGGUGGUCUGGGUCACAAGAUGAAGAAGGAGGUGGCCCAGAUAGAUGUCAGGCCAGCUCCCCUAGCAUCCCCUUAGGAGGGGAUGGCACCCUGGAGCUUGCGUUGCUAGGUCCUCUGUUAAAGGCGUUCUGAACGCUCCCUGAGCGGGACCAAGAAUAAGACGGGGUGAGGGGUGCCCUGGAAAGCCCAGCUCAUUCUUCUGCAUACCUAGAUGAGAAGCCAUGGGUCCAGGAGGUCCUUAGCGCUCAGGCCUAGUUGUGGGUAGAGGACCCUUCUUUUCCUUGGUUUCUUCUGCCCGUCUCCAGCCCUCUCGAGGUCCUGGUGCUUGUACCUCCAUGCACGAUGCGCACCCCUGGGCGCAGUGGGCAAAUGGUCUGGCCCAUCGGUAGCUACCACCCCCUUGGGCACGACAGCUGCUCCAGCUGCUCCUGGUCCGGUCGAGCUUCUAAGCUCUGAACCGCGGCUGCCCCGGGGGGGUGGGCGAGCUGAGGUGAUCCCAAGACGACACGCGGAGUGGACCGACCGGGGAGCCGCCAGCCGCUGGCGGGGAGUGUGGGCCACCAAGAGACCGGCCACUGGAUCCAGCCAGAGAGGUGCCUCAGCUGUAGCAUCCCAGCCCAAAACUUGUGUCGUGAAAUCCAAGACUUUGACCCAGAUAAUGUGAUAGGAUCUUCCUGUGACUUGGGGCCAUAUUCUACUUAGAUGAACUCGGAACUUCCAGCUUUCCCGAGCGCUUGGCACUACAGGCAGGCUUCUUGCUUGCUUGGUAUACGUUACCAUGCCAUCUCUGCCUCAAGAUGGGGUUAUUCAGGGAUCAUCUCCUGUGGAUCUGGGUACAGAAUUACCUUACCAAUGCACAAUGAAAAGGAAAGUGAGAAAAAAGAAGAAGAAGGGAAUUAUUACAGCUAAUGUUGCCGGAACAAAGUUUGAAAUUGUUCGUUUAGUAAUAGAUGAGAUGGGAUUUAUGAAAACUCCUGAUGAAGAUGAGACAAGCAAUCUUAUCUGGUGUGAUGCUGCUGUUCAGCAGGAGAAGAUUACAGACCUGCAGAACUACCAGAGAAUCAACCAUUUUCCAGGAAUGGGAGAGAUCUGUAGGAAGGAUUUCUUAGCAAGAAAUAUGACGAAAAUGAUCAAGUCUCGGCCUAUGGAUUAUACCUUUGUUCCGAGAACGUGGAUUUUCCCUUCUGAAUAUACUCAGUUCCAAAACUAUGUGAAAGAAUUGAAGAAAAAACGGAAGCAGAAAACUUUUAUAGUAAAACCAGCUAAUGGUGCAAUGGGUCAUGGGAUUUCAUUGAUAAGAAAUGGGGAUAAAGUCCCUUCUCAGGAUCAUUUGAUAGUUCAAGAAUACAUUGAGAAACCUUUCCUAAUGGAAGGCUACAAGUUUGACUUACGGAUUUAUAUUUUGGUUACAUCCUGUGAUCCAUUAAAGAUAUUUCUCUACCAUGAUGGGCUUGUGCGCAUGGGCACUGAGAAGUACAUCCCACCAAACGAGUCCAACUUGACCCAGUUAUACAUGCAUCUGACCAACUACUCAGUGAACAAACACAAUGAACGGUUUGAGCGCAAUGAAACUGAAGACAAAGGCAGCAAGCGGUCAAUCAAGUGGUUUACGGAAUUCCUACAGGCCAAUCAACAUGAUGUCACUAAGUUCUGGAGUGAUAUUUCAGAGUUGGUGGUAAAGACUCUGAUUGUGGCAGAACCUCACGUCCUGCACGCCUACCGGAUGUGCAGACCCGGUCAGCCCCCCGGGAGCGAAAGUGUCUGCUUCGAAGUCCUGGGGUUCGACAUCUUGUUGGAUAGAAAGCUCAAGCCAUGGCUUCUGGAGAUUAAUCGAGCCCCAAGCUUUGGAACUGAUCAGAAAAUCGAUUAUGAUGUUAAAAGGGGGGUUCUGCUAAACGCGCUGAAGCUGCUGAACAUCAGGACCAGCGAUAAAAGGAAAAACUUGGCCAAGCAAAAAGCGGAGGCUCAGAGGAGGCUGUACGGUCAAAACCCAGUAAGAAGGCUUUCGCCAGGCUCCUCCGACUGGGAACAGCAGAGGCACCAGCUGGAGAGGCGGAAAGAAGAGUUGAAAGAGAGACUCCUUCAAGUACGAAAGCAGGUUUCGCAGGAAGAACAUGAAAACCGACAUAUGGGGAAUUACAGGAGAAUUUAUCCUCCUGAAGACAAAGCACUGCUUGAGAAGUAUGAAGGUUUGCUGGCCGUCGCCUUCCAGACCUUCCUCUCGGGAAGAGCAGCUUCAUUCCAGCGAGAAAUGAACAAUCCUCUGAAAAAGAUGCGGGAGGAAGAUCUCCUGGAUCUUCUGGAGCAGUGCGAAAUCGAUGAUGAAAAGCUGAUGGGGAAAACCGGCCGGGUCCGAGGACCGAAGCCCCUGUGCUGCAUGCCAGAGUGUGCAGAGGUCACGAAGAAGCAGAAGUAUUACGGUAGCAGUGACAGCAGCUACGACAGCAGCAGCAGCAGCAGCAAUUCAGAGCUGGAUGAGAACGAAAAAGAGCUGUGUCAGAAGAGACUAGACCAAGUCCCAUAUAGCCUUAAGCACACCAGUCACUGCAAGAUAAUCCAGCAAUCCAGUGGAAGUCACAACCUAAUCUACUCAGAAUCACCGGUGUAUCUAACUACUUUAGUUUUCUUGUCUGAAUUUCCAGAUUCCAUGAGGCGUUCGGUCAGCUGCCCUCGGUCCAUCUCUGCUCACUUACCUUCCAGAGGGGAUGUGCGCCCCUUUUCUUCUCAACAAGUGAUACCAUUAGCAAGACCAACGUCAGCGUCCCGGUCACAUUCCUUAAACCGCGCUUCAUCCUACGCGAGACACCUGCCUCACGGCAGUGACACCGGCUCUACCAACACUCUGAACGAGUCUUUGCGGCAAUUGAAAACCAAAGAGCAGGAAGACGACCUCACCAGUCAGACCUUGUUUGUCCUCAAGGACAUGAGAAUCCGCUUUCCGGGGAAGUCAGACGCAGAGUCGGAGCUCCUGAUAGAAGAUAUCAUGGAUAACUGGAAGCAUUAUAAAACAAAAGUGGCUUCAUAUUGGCUCAUAAAAUUGGACUCUGUAAAACAACGGAAAGUUUUGGACAUAGUAAAAUCAAGUAUUCGUACAGUUCUUCCAAGAAUCUGGAGGGUCCCUGAUGCUGAAGAACUGAGUUUAUACCGGAUUUUCAACAGGGUAUUUAAUCGCCUACUCUGGAGUCAUGGCCAAGGACUGUGGAGCUGUUUCUGUGAUUCAGGAUCCUCUUGGGAGAGCAUCUUCAGUAAGAGCCCUGAGGUGGUGACCCCUCUGCAGCUCCAGUGCUGCCAGCGCCUGGUGGAGCUUUGCAAGCAGUGCCUGCUGGUGGUUUACAAAUACACAACAGAAACAAGAGGACCCAUCUCAGGCAUCGGUCCUGACUGGGGGAACUCCAGUCCUCAAACCAGGAAUCUGGGUUCACCUGAAGGAGUUCAGGGGACUUUGUCCUACUACAGGGAGAUGCUGGAAGGUAUUUGCUACCAGGAAGUACCCAAUUUCUUAUGAGAUCACCACUGUACAACAUGAAAUAUAAUUCACCCGGAAUGACUCGCUCCAAUGUUUUGUUUACGUCCCGCUAUGGCCGUUUGUGAAUGGAAGAUUGCCAUGGGCUCGCUUAAUAGCAAUUCAUUUAUUUUCUCCAGUUGAACCUUAAGGAAGUGACCCUUAUAUGCUGUUUUAUGUAUAUAUGUCAUAGAAGUGUGUGAAGUACAUACACACAGGCACUCAAGUAACAUAUAAAUAUAUAUAUUUAUUAUAUGUAAGAAGAAUUAGCAGAAAACUGAAUAUAAGAUUUAACCUUUCUGGAAAUGUAAUAAACCAUGUUAAAGUUGUUUACACAAAUACGCAAAUGUGUAGAAUUUGCUAGGUUUAUAAUUAAUUACUUCCUACUAGAAAUGUUAUUUUUGCUGCAGAGUCGAUCCUGAAGCUCCCAUCAUGGCGUUAUAAAUUAUUUUCUAGAUAAUAGGGCUUUCGACUUGAGAAAACACUGAUAGUAUCUUAUUACCUUUCUCACUAUUAGUAGUUAUUUAACAGUGAAACAGAAGACUUAGAUGCCUGGGGUUGGCUUGAUGAUCAGAUUAGGAUCAAACAGAUUUGUUGUUACUAUAGCACACUGUAAAGUACUAGAAAAUAGCCCAGCCUGACUCUCCAACAUUUUACUCCCCUAGGUGGGAAUUUAGCUGCUUAUUCUAGUGCACAUGUUCAAUAAAGGUCUGGUAAGAUCAUGAAUCAUGCAAAAAUGAGAGGCAACCCAGUGGAUUAAGAGUAAAAUGCAAACAUGCUUUAAUUCGACUCUUCAUGGGGAGUCCCAUAGAGAAGCAAGACGAUGGCAGGGACAGAAAUUUGGUUGUGUGACUUCUGUGUCACUUUCUUUUGGAAAGUAUAUCAUUGAUGGGCCCAAGUCUCUCAACAUUGAGACCAAUUUACCUCGCAAAGUCCAAUAAGAGUAGUUUCUCAUUUCACCCCAGAAAAGACUCCGAAGAGAAGAGUCCAGUGAGUCCCAUUGCUCAUCGGUGUCAUCUGUUGGGAGUCUAUAUUCAAAGUUCUGUAUAAAGUUGUCUUCCUGUCCAGAGGAUUCAUGCUUGUUUUUCAGACCAUCAUGCUCUCAUUCUGCUUCAUCUUCCUUGCCAUCUGAAAACCAGUGUGUGCUCUCGGUUUUCCAUACAAAUAGAGACAUAUGCCCUAUGGAUUCUUGAACUCAGAAAAUACAAUAUUUGCUGAAACUUCCCUCCAGUGAUUUUACUCAUACAUGUUAAGUUUCUGCAAAACUCAGAAUAUUUGCCAGCUUCUUAUAUUUUUACGUUUGUUCCCCAUAAAUGAAGAAAGGACCCCAAAGCAGUAAGAGGUCAUUUGGCCUGGUCUCAUUCGAAGCUGGAUGGAUGGUGACCCGAAAUUGUAAGAUUUAAGUAUUUUGCUUUAAAAACUACCUUGGGAGAGUAUACUUUUAAACUGUAAUAUUCAUUUAUCACACACAUUACCGGCAGCUACUUAAGUUCUUUAUGGCUGCCUACCCACAUGCAUUCCAGUAGAGACUUUUUUUUACUGGCAACAUCCCAUGGAAUUUUGUGUUAUGUUUUUGAAAGAGAAUAAAGCCUCCAGAUCAAGCAGAUGAGUGAGUGUGGUACUUAGGAGUCCAUAUUGUGGAUUCUUCAACAUGGCAGAGAGUUCUUAGAAUCACUGAUGCAAAUACUGGAACACUUCAGGAUUUUUAUGGAAAUAAUAAACAAAGCAGCCCCUUUUGGGGUUUAUUUGUAGCCAUAUUUGUUUUCAAUUCAUGAUUUAAAAAUCAAGGAGGAAUAAAAGAAGAAACACAAAAGUCAUGGAUAUGUCACUUAAAAUGACUGAUAAGUGAUACCAACCCAGUUUGUUGGCCAUUCACUUUGUCUUAAAUCACAAAUGAUCAUUUACUCAGAUAGAGUAUAUACUCUGAAACUUCUGUCACAUACUAGGAAGGAAUUUUCAUUUUAAAAAAGGCGAGGGGAGAUGUCCACAUUAGGAAUUCUCACCCUAGAAACACACAUUAAAAGCUAAGAGUAAAUGGAAAUAGAAAGACUGCCAAGCAUUUGUGAAAGGCCAUUAUUUCCUUAUCUAUCCAAGCAAGGCCUUGUUUUGAGCACUGGAAUUUCAUUGCCUACAUUUUCCUGUUGGGACAAGUUGGGUAGGGUGAAGUGGUGCAGGAAGCUGUGUGCUCAUUAUUUAUGUGCAUUACCUGGGGUGCUGUGGACUGUGGUUGUCAUAGCACCAUCCCCUAAUGAGCAGCCACGGGAAGACAUGAUAAUGAACCGUGGAAGUCUCAGGAGGCCACAGACAGGUAGUAGGGGUAUAGAAUAUUCCUUAGCUUUUAUCAAUUUCUUAUGCUUAUGCUUAAAACACAUCUGCAGCAGAGACAGUGUAAAUCUUUAAUAGAAGAGAAGGAAAAUUCCAGAAGCUAGUUAAUUUCACCAGGGUGUUUGUUUGUUUGUUUGUUUGUUUGUUUGUUUGUUUUUCCUUAGAAUGGAUUUUGGUUUACCUACAAGGAAAGGAAUGAGUAUAGACCUGCAGUAUAGAUGGCUGUUUGGUUCAUGGCCAGGUAGAAAUGCUUCCCCAAACUAAGAUACAGAUGUCACCCCAAUUGUCUAAGUAGUAACUUGCUUGUUAGUUUGUCCUCACCCACAAACAGAAUCUAAAGGAACAGUUUAGUUUUCACUCGAGUAAGCCAGCCUUGAAGGUUUGAAUCUGGUAAAAGACCCUGUUGCAAUAUGAGUAUUAAGUUGUAUAUGGAGCACAGGGGAAGCAACUCCGUUGUCUGUAAAAUGCCAGGGUUUGCCUAGAUUAGAUGAAGUUUUUGUUACUUGUCUCUAAAGUUCAAACCAAACCAAAACCAAAGCCCUUUCUUUCACCUGCUAUUUAUGCAUACAUAGAGAACAAGUGCCUCCCAGACAUCAGGAAAAUGAUUUUCUUCAAAUUCUCUCGUUAGCUUGGAUAGUAGAUGAGACUGGGAUCAUGCGAUGUGAAAUUGUAGAUAUCUGAAUAGGAAUUCAAUGCUUUCUUCCUUAACAUGUCAAUGAUAUUCUGUGUAAACAUUAUCUUCAAUAUGCAAUACACACUAUUCAAAAAUACCAAAAAUGAUAGCUGCAUACAUGCCAUUACUUAAUCUUCUAUAAAGCACUUAUUCAUUCUUAAAUAUAUAUUCUUUUAAAAAUAGUAAGUACCUCAAAAGUGACAGAAAAUUCCUUCCUUCUCUAUUUAGCAAUUGCUAGUUUACAUUCCGAAUCUCAUGUACUUGGUUCUAAGCAUUAAACAACAAUAAAAAUAUAACUAUACAAUUAUCGUUCUUGUGACCUGGUGAUUUUUGGACAUUUACUUUUCUCUUUAAAUUGAGAGCUUUAAGUGUAAAGGGCCAUGAUAUCUACAUAUUAAUUAUUAGAUAUCUAAUUGUUUUGAACAAUUUCAAUGUUGGCUUAUAAGUAAAUGAAGACUGUAGAAAUAUAUUUGUAAAGCAAAUGAUUCCUCACAUUGCUUUCUCUCUCUCCUGUUCUCCUUUCAAUUCACUUAGAAGCUUUAGUUGUGCAUGGACAAAGUAAAGAAAGAAAUACUGCCUUUUAAAUGCUGGUCUUCCUGGAAAUUUUGUAGUGGUGUGUUUUUACCCAGGCAACACUAACACUUUGAUGGACUAUUGGGUCAAUUCAGUUUGCCGAGAACUUUAGGAACAAGGUUGAAGUCUGUAUGCUUAAAGCACACUCAGUGUCCUUCCGUGUGAAGUGAGAUGCACUUUAAUAGUCUUGCAACAGAAAUUGAUGUGUUGAAACGGCACCUGCGGAGAUUGCUUCUGUUUCUGAGGGUCUGCCAUGAAGUAGUAUGUGGUGUGUUGGGAGAAAUUUACUCAGGUACUCACUGUGAUACCAAGAGGGGUGUGUCAUCUUGGGAGAUCUGUAUAAGACUUCUGCUUUAUCACCACUUAUGAACUCAGAAGCUCUUGCUUUGACAAACAUAUCACUCAACAAACUAAGCACUCCUAAAUUAGUAAGAAGGCUUGCCUUUGAAAAGUGGUCAGAUAAUUAUUCUAUUUCUUUCAAAGGCUACCAGCCAUUUUUGGUCCAUGAGGUCAUAUAACAACUACUCUAUGUGCUAUAGCAUCUGAAUUUUAAUGGAGUCUGAAUUUGAGGGUGAGAGAAUACAUUUGCUAACACGAAUCAUGGGUCAAAUUAUCCCUGUGUGCUUUGCUUCCUGUAUAUGAAUGCAAAUGUUACAAAGAUGCGCUUGAAAUGUCAACAAAUUGUGCAGUUGGCAUUGCCAUAGCAUGAUCUACUGUGUGACACCUGUAUGGUGAACCCACUUCAGUUACUAUAAUAAAAAUGUCAACACACGAAA